AAACUCUCAAACUCUGGACCGAUUUGCAGUCUCGGGUGCUUUUCAUCCGCGUAAGAGAGGGAUCUUCUCCCCCAUUCAGUCUCAAUUGGAUUCUCACAGUGAUCGCACGCAGAGCAUUUUUCGUGUUUUUUGGGAUAAAUUGAGUGAAGAGAAUAAAUAAAAAGACAGGAAUAAAGUGAAAAGGGAUUUUCUUUUUUUUAUUGCUGAUUCUUCAGGAGAGAAAUUUUGCUUUUGUGGAUUUAUUUUUUGAAGAUUUUUUUUCUUGUAUUAUUGCCCAUUGACGGCAUUCGGGGACCGUGUGUGUGAUCACUGGCUUUUGGCACAAUGAAGACAACACCCUCCAGAGGAACUUGCACAUAUAUCUUCAUUCUCUGCUUCCUGGUUCUCUUCACCCCAUCCACCCACGGUGAUGAAGUUUCAUACCAGGAGCUGCGGGAAGGGAUGAAGUCGCUGCUCUUCUCAGUGGGGCAGAUUGAUGUGAAGUUGGAGCGUCAUGAGCAACGGGAACGGAAUAUGGCGGAGCUGGUGAAGCGUGCCCUGGUUCAGCUGCAGAAGGGUCAGCGUCAGUUUGAGCCAAUGAAGGGGACUUUCAGUCGCUUGGAUGAGCGUGUUGGUCAGAUUGAAUCGAUGCUGAUUAGCCGUGAGAAUGCCAUGACGGAGCAACAGAGCAAACUCGCAGAUGCCUUGGAGGCCAUCCUUAAGAUGACGGACAAUGGGGGGACAAAGGGAAAUGGACGGUACUUUGUCGGGAAGGGCGAUUUGUCUGAAGAGGAUGAAGAUCUCGGGCACAAAAUUGAUGAUCUUUCUGAUAAUAUUAAGAGCCUUCGACGGGAGAUUGCAGAGCUGAGGAAUGAACGCCAAACAGCCGAUGUGAGCACAAAGGAAAUCCUGGAGCAAACUGAGAAGCUCCUCAGUUCCAAACUUGGUGUUGCAGAUGAAGUGAUGGAGAAGCUGGAAGAGAAGCUGGUCAAUUUCUACGUGACCUCUGCCUCCACACAGAGUCCCACGUCCAGCAAUCAUGCCGAUUGGGAGCAACUCGUGACUGAGGCCCUUGGGGAUAUUCGUACUCGAGUGUACGACAUGAAUCCCCCGGCGAAGGAAUCCCUCGAUCGUCAAUUUGUUCAGGAUCUCUCCAAGGAAACUCUCGAGGCUAUUCAGGACAUGAAGUUGGAGGUUCUGGAGGCGUCCGAUAAGAGCUUCACGAAGACAGCAACACGCAUCAAGGAGACACACGAUGAGAUUCAAUCAUCCGUGGCUGACGUGCUCAAGACUCUCUCGGAAACCACAACAUCCGCAGAGUCCUUCUUCGAGGAAUUCGGGAAGCGGCAGGAAACGCUGCAGGCUGAUGUGACGGCACUGGCGAAGAUUGAUAAGAUGCUCCUGCAGACGGCUGACAGUGUGCUGGAUACAAAGCGAAAGGUGGAGCUGGGAGUUCAUCAGAUUGCACAGCAAGUUGGGGAGAUUGUGGCCAAUUCCAAUGGGGAUCUCAAUGAGACGCUCAUUAAGAGAUUUGAUGCCCUCGAUGAGACAAUCCUGGACAAUCAUUUAGGUUCUCUGGCUAAUCUCAGUUCCAAGAUUGAAACGGAGAUUUCUCAGGUUUGGCGUCAAGUUGGCAUCAUGUACCAGGAGAUCUCCUCGAGUAAAGCUGCCCUGGAUCGUCUGCAGCAACAAACGGAGGCCUAUGUGAAUGGCACAGUGACCACCAUGGACAGCAUGGAGGGCAAAGUGACGCUGAUCACGAGCAGAAUGGCGGAAGUUGAUACAAAUCUCAACUACCUCCUCGGGCGGCUGUCGCUGGUCACGCAAGAAUUCAAUCAAAUCAAGACGGGACUCGGUGAUGCCCUCGAUAACAUCCGCAGCAGCUUCAUGACGGUCCAGGAUAAGAUUAAAGAUGUUGGUCCUGGACCGCAUCAGAUCCCGCCGGAAGAGCUAGAUGAGGGACGACUAAACUACCUGGCGCAGUGAAGUGUCAUCACCUCCCACAAAAUUCAUCCGUGUGCUUUUCUGUAUUUUACCACAAAUCAUUUAUUUUCUUUUGUGUAAUCCCCCAAAAAAUGUAUUUUCUCCGUAGUUAAAGGAUCCAUUAAAGUUUUUUCUUCAUCGCCA